AGUGCUGUGAACGGUGGCCGGGGUGAUGAGCUGUGUGGUGAGCCUGCUGGGGGCUGACAGCACCAUUUCAGGAGCGUCUCCUGUGGGGAGAGAAUGUCUGUGUAGAGCGUCUGCGCACAAGACUCCAGGCCACAAGGGUUCAUCCUCUGUACCUCUGCCCACAGCUUCCAGAGUCCAAACGCUCCCGUGCCUCCGCAGCUCCAUGGGUGCCCACCUGUUCCUCCUGGGCCUCCUCCUGCUGCUGCUGCCCACGCCCACCCCAGCCCCCUGCCGCACAGGCACCCGCAAUGAGUGCCGGCGCAACCAAGAGUUCGUGCCUGGUGCAGCACUAGCGGGGGAGGGCGUGGAUGUGACCAGCCUCCAGCGCUCAGGCUCCUUCCCUGUGGACGUAGAGAGCUACCUGCGGCCGGACCGCACCUGCACCCUCUGCCAGAACGCCCUGCAGGCAGGCGCCCUCCAGCGUCUGCCCCUGGCACUGACCCACUGGCGCGCCCAGGGCUCAGGCUGUCAGCGCCAAGUGGUCAGGGCCAAGGCCACCUCCACUGAGGGCGUGGCCAGGGAGGCCGCCAGCCACAUCCGCAACGACUGGCAGGUGGGACUGGAUGUGUCUCCCAAACCCAGCGCCCAGGUACAUGUGACCAUGGCUGGCUCACACUCCAAGAUGGCCAACUUCGCUGCCCAAAAAACCCACCAGGAUCAGUUCAGCUUCAGCACUGACUUGGUGGAGUGUCGCUUCUACAGUUUUCACGUGGUACACUCUCCCCCACUCCACCCCAACUUCCAGAAGGCCCUCAGCGACCUGCCCCCCGACUUCAACACCUCUACGGAGGCCGAGUACGUCAGGCUCAUCUCCAACUACGGCACCCACUUCAUCCGGUCCAUGGAGCUGGGCGGCCGGGUCUCGGCCCUCACUGCCCUGCGCACCUGUGAGCUGGCCCUGAACGGGCUCACGGCCAAGGAGGUAGAGGACUGCCUGAACGUCGAGGCCCAGGUCAGCAUCAACAGCCAAGCCAGACUUUCCUCAAAAUUCAAGGCGUGUGAGGAGAAGAAGAAGCAGCACAAGAUGGAGUCCUCCUUCCACCAGUCCUACCGGGAACGCUCUUCCCAGAUAGUCGGCGGUCACCACACCACGGUGAGCGACCUGCUGUUUGGGGACGGGGCCAAGCCGGAGCAGUUCUCCGCCUGGAUGAACUCCCUGCUGGACAGGCCCGGCCUGGUGGACUACACCUUGGAGCCUCUGCACGUGCUGGUGGAGAGCCGGGACCCGCGGCGGGAGGCGCUGAGGCAGGCCGUGAGCAAGUACGUGAUGGACAAGGCCCGGUGGAAGGACUGCGGCAGGCCCUGCCCCCCGGGGCAGUACAAGAGCCCCCACAACCCAUGCCAGUGUGUGUGCCACAGUUCAGCGGUCAUCAACCAGGACUGCUGUCCCCGGCAGAGGGGCCUGGCCCGCUUGGAGGUGAUGAACUUCCAGGCGGCAGGCCUGUGGGGAGACUACAUCACAGCCACGGACGCCUACCUGAAGGUCUUCUUUGGAAACCAGGAGCUGAGAACCAGCACGGUGUGGAACAGCAACUACCCCAAGUGGGCAGUGCGGCUGGACUUCGGGGACGUGAUCCUGUCCACCGGGGGGCCCCUGAGGGUGCAGGUGUGGGACGAAGACUAUGGCUGGGAUGACGACCUCCUCGGCACCUGUGACCAGAAAACGCAGUCUGGCUCACACGAGGUGACGUGCAACCUGAACCACGGCCACCUGAGUUUCUCCUACCACGCCAAAUGCUUGCCUCACCUGGAGGGGGCCACCUGCCUGCAGUACGCCCCCCACGGCCUUCUGGGGGCACCUCCGGGGAACCGGAGCGGGCCAGUGUGGUAAGCACGGUGGGCCUUGCUCAAGAGGACUAGGGAACCCGGAAUGAAUGGGGUUCUCACAGAGGCACCCAGGGCCUAUCCUCAUAUCCCCAUUAGACAGAUGGAAAACUGAGGCUUACCUUUUUUUUUCUUUUUUCAAUGAAGUAGCUGAAUUUAUAGGCCAGCCCUGGGUCUGCUGUCCAAACUGCUGCAGCUCUCUGAUACUCUCGAGCCCUGGAAACAAGCGGCUUUCCUUGCAGCCUUUACCAGCACGGGGACUUCUUCACCCCAUUGGGUCCAACCCUGCCUGUCCCAGCUGCUCUGCCUGCUCUCUCUUCUUUGCCCAGCUUUGCCCCUCAGCCAAAUCAGGGACCAUCUGGAUCGGCCUCGUGGGUGCCCAGCCUGACAGAGGACUGAUACGUGUGCAUGGUGACCGUCAUGGUGGUGGUUGUGGCCGGGGAGAGGGCCGGGACCAAACGCAGCCCUAGAGACCGACAUCUAUAUCAGCAACCCUAUCCAGUAGGACCUGCGACUCAUCCCGGAGCGGGCCAGGAAUCAACAAAUUGGCUUUCUACUUUCGUUGGAAACAUGGGGACCCAAAAUAUUUUACUUCCCUUGUAACUCUUGAUUCAAAACCCAGCAGCACCAACGCAGGAACCAAAGGCAACAAACAGACUUUCAGCUCCCAGCCGUGCGGCCACAAGGAAUGAUGAGGACUAUGGGGAGCUGAAGGGCGCAUGAUUUACCUAGAUGGGGGGGAGCGAGGGCUGCAGCUCUGCCUCUGCCAAGCAUUCCCAGGCAGGAGGGCUGGCGGGGCUCGGAAUUUCUGGAAGUAACUAGAAACCCUAAAUUAACUUCUCUAAUUGUUGGCAAGGCAGUUCACUUUAUAAAAAUAAACCUAUGUACAAGUCAA